CGGUGACGUCAGGGGCGCGCCGGACGGUGGCUUGAGAGUCCGUGCGUUCCGCGUGGGGCGGCGGCGGCGGCGGCAUGGAGCGGGACCCCAGCCCCGGGGGCGCGCGCCGGGCGCUGGGCCGCCUGCUGGAGGCGGUGCUGGCGAGUCGCCGCGAGGCCAACGCCGUGUUCGACAUCCUGGCCGUGCUGCAGUCGGAGGACCCGGAGGAGACCCAGGAAGCGGUGCGCGCGUGCAGCCGCCUAUUCGGGGCCCUGCUGGAGCGGGGAGAGCUGUUUGUGGGCCAGCUGCCCUCUGAGGACACGGUCAUGGCAGGGUCCCAGGGGGCGACGCGGAAGUACAAGGUGUGGAUGAGACACAGGUACCAUGGCUGCUGUAACCGCCUGCGGGAGCUUCUGGCCCACCCCUCCUUUGAGGUCAAGGAGCUGGCUCUCAGCACGCUCAUGAAGUUCGUACAGCUGGAGGGAGCACAUCCCCUGGAGAAACCCAAGUGGGAGGGCAACUACCUGUUCCCUCGCCAGCUUUUCAAGUCGGUGGUGGAAGGCCUGCUGUCUCCGGAGGAGGACCACUCGCUGCUGGUGUCGCGGUUCCAGGAGUACCUAGAGCACGACGACGUCCGCUACCACACGAUGCAGGCGGCCACGGGUGUCGUGGGCCAGGUGGCUGACAGGUACCCCGAGGUGCCGCCUGCUUUCUGGAACAACGCCUUCGCGCUGCUGUCUGCCGUGAGCCUCCCUUGCCAGGAGAUCAGCUCCUCCGGCUUCUUCGUGAAACACGCUGAGCUGUCGCACAAGUGGAAGGUCGCUCAUCUGAAGGAGCACAAGAAGGCCUUCCAGCUGAUGUGGCUUGGCUUUCUCAAGCACAAGCUGCCCCUCAGCCUGUACAAGAAGGUGCUGGUGAUUAUGCACGACGCCAUCCUGCCCCACCUGGCCCAGCCCACCCUCAUGAUCGACUUCCUUACCCGCGCCUAUGACGUGGGGGGCGCCAUCAGCCUGUUGGCCUUGAACGGACUUUUCAUCCUGAUUCACAAGCACAACCUCGAGUACCCUGAUUUCUACCGGAAACUCUACGGUCUCCUGGACCCGUCUGUCUUCCACGUCAAGUAUCGGGCCCGGUUUUUCCACCUGGCCGACCUCUUCCUGUCGUCCUCCCAUCUGCCCGCCUACCUGGUGGCUGCCUUCGCCAAGCGCUUGUCCCGCCUGGCGCUGACGGCGCCCCCCGAGGCCUUGCUCAUGGUGCUGCCCUUCAUCUGCAACCUGCUGCGCCGACACCCCGCCUGCCGCGUGCUGGUGCACCGCCCGCUGGGCCCCGAGCUGGAUGCCGACCCUUACGAUCCUGCAGAGGAGGACCCGGCCAAGAGCCGCGCCCUGGAGAGCUCGCUGUGGGAGCUGCAGACCCUCCAGCGGCAUUACCACCCCGAGGUGUCGCAGGCCGCCAGCGUCAUCAACCAGGCGCUGUCGGUGCCUGAGACCAGCAUCGCACCCCUGCUGGAGCUCACGGCGUUUGAGGUGUUCGAGCGAGACCUGAAGAAGAAGAGGGGCCAGGAGUCGGUGCCCCUGGAGUUCCUCCCGGCGCAGGGGCUGCUGGGCCGGCAGGAUGAUCUCUGCGCCCAGCACUUCACGCUCAGCUGACCCUGAGCGCCCGCUCCCCGCCCCCACCUGUGGUUUUGUAAGAGAGAGAUGGGGGUGGGCUGGGGGUGGCGGGGCGGAGUCCGGGGAGCGCUGGCCUGUCUUCUGACUGCUCCGGCGGCCGGGUCUGCAGGCUGGUGGUCACAGUGCCGGCCGUGCACGGAGGGCACCUCGUGUCCACCCGCGGCCCCCCACGCCUGCCCCCCGCCUCUCUCCUCCUCUGGAAGUCUCUGCCUUAGCCGGAGCCCGGGUGGGCGUGGGGCCAGGGUGGGGGUCGGGGACUGCGGCCACACGGGGCUCUGGGUGCACUGGGCGGUGGCUUCUGCCAGCCCUGUGUGACCCCCGGGCCCCUUACGUCCGAGCGUCUGGGCCACACCCCCUCCCUGCUGCAGCUGGACUGUGACCUGGGAGCGACAGUGAGGGUUCUCUGUCCUGGUUAGUCGUGGGCAGCAUGGAGCACAAGCCACCUGUUUCCAGUCGAGCUGAGGAGGACC